AUGGCAAAGGAAGAGGAAUCAGCGGUGGGAGCGAGCCCAACCAAGGAGGAGCGCAAGGCGCUGAAGAAAGCGCGCAAGAAGGCCGCCAAAGCGGCUGCGGAGGCUGCUGCUGCCAUUGCUGCUACCCCCGCUACAGCUACUUCUAGCAAGAAGUCGAAGAAGAAACGCAAGGCUGAUGAAGCAGCCGGGGGGGGCGCGGCGGCGGCAGAGGGUGGAAACGAGGGCAACAAAGAGGAAUCGGCAACCAAGGUGAAAAAGUUGAAGAAGACGGCCACCGCCGCCGACAGCAGUGAACCCGGCAGCGGCAAGAAGAAGAAGAAGAAAAAGAAGAACAAGAGCAAGGACAAGUCGGCUCCCUCGUCCUCUGCCGCAGAAGAUUCCGUCGCCAGCGCUAGCGCGGCCGCUGCGGCGGCCGGCGGGGCGGCCACCGGGGCCGGGAGCAAGGUCCACAUCGAGGGGAUGAAGGUUACGCCGCUGAAAGACUUCGCUUCGUCCGGCAUGCCCGCGGAGGUCAUGAAGUACGUGACCCUAAGGGGCUGGGACAAGCCGACCCUGAUCCAGGCGCACUGCUGGCCGGUGCUAAACGCCGGCAGGGACGUGAUCGGCAUCGCCGAGACGGGCUCGGGGAAGACGUUGGGCUUCAGCCUUCCCGCGAUGUCCAAGAUCUUCAAGAAUAUGAAGGCGGGGAAAAAGAGCGAAGGCCCGUACAUGCUCGUGCUGGCGCCUACCCGAGAGCUGGCGCUGCAGAGCGCCGAGGUAAUCGCGGAGGCCGGGGGACACUGCGGAAUCAAGAGCGUCUGCGUGUACGGAGGCGUGCCGAAGCGCGACCAGAAGAUCGCUCUCGGGGGCGGGAGGGGGGGGGGGUGCGUCCAGGUGGUGGUGGCCACGCCGGGGCGGCUGAAAGAUCUGGUCGGUGAGGGUGCUUGCGACCUGUCGAAGGUGACGUCCUUGGUCCUAGACGAGGCAGACCGCAUGCUCGACCUGGGUUUCGAGCAGGACGUUCGCGACAUCAUCGGCUACUGCGCGGGGCCGUCGAAGCGGCAGACGGCCAUGUUCUCGGCAACGUGGCCUAAGUCCAUCCGCGACCUCGCCGCGGAGUUUCUCGCCGACCCUGUCAAGGUGACGGUGGGUGCCGACGACCUGACGGCCAACUACCGUGUGGAGCAGCACGUAGAGGUCGUUGAGGAACGGGAGCGGGACGGGAAGCUCCUCCGGCUGCUCGCCACGUGCCACAAGUCCAGGAAAAAUCGAGUGCUGGUGUUUGCCCUGUACAAGCGCGAGGCGGCGCGACUGGAGCAAUUCCUGCAGCGAAAUAACUUCGACGCCGUCGCGGUGCACGGGGACAAGGGGCAGGCGGACCGCGAGCGGGCGCUGGGACAGUUCAAGUCUAAGGAGCGACCUCUCAUGGUAGCGACGGAUGUGGCGGCGAGGGGUCUGGACAUCCCGGACGUGGAGUAUGUCAUCAACUACUCCUUCCCCCUCACAAUUGAGGACUACAUUCACCGGAUAGGCAGGACAGGCCGAGCGGGCAAGAAGGGGGUCUCGCACACAUACUUCCACCAGGGGGACAAGGCAAGGGCGGGGGAGCUGGUCAACGUCCUCCAGGACGCGAAUCAAUCUGUACCGGAGGCGUUGACGAAGUUCGGGACGCACGUGAAGAAGAAGGAGCACAAGCUCUAUGGGGCUUUCGCCAAGGAUGUGGACAUGGACCGCAAGGCCACAAAAACCACCUUCGAUGAUUCCGACGACGAAUGA